GAGCUAGGGAAGGGUUUUGGGGUGAGGUGGGCACUGUCAAAAGUAGAAGAAAGAUUUAAAGCACCCGGAAGGAGGGAGAAGGGAGGUGGCCAGCGAGGGUGCGCACCGAGAAGCUGCAGGCGCGGAGGCCAAGGUGAACUUUGCCGGAGUCGGCGCGCGGGGCUGCAGUCUACACCCGCUCGGGAUUCCUGGGAGACCACACGCCUGGUUCGAGCCGAACCGCCGCGGCAGGGAUCCGACAGGGUUAAGGCCAUCACCUGCCGCCGAAGUGCGACCCAGAUGGAAGUAGGAAGUGCGGCGCCUGCGCUUCCUGUGUAAAUAAACGCGCUGGCCCGGGCUGGAGCUGCGCCCCGCGCCGCUCGCCGGCUCUCCUGCGGUCCAAGCUGGAGGCGGAUGGGGACUCCUCCUCUUCCCGAGCGGGAUCGAGGAGGCUAAAGACAGGCUGAUGGGCUCAGUUGAUGGGCUCCAGUAUCUGACCAUGACUGCCGAAAACCCAGUAGCAGGAGACCUGUCUCCUGUUCCCCUUAUCACUUGCAAACUCUGCCUGUGUGAACAGUCCCUGGACAAGAUGACCACACUCCAGGAAUGCCAGUGCAUCUUUUGUACAGCCUGCCUGAAACAGUAUAUGCAGCUGGCCAUCCGAGAGGGAUGUGGGUCUCCUAUCACUUGCCCUGACAUGGUGUGUCUAAACCACGGGACCCUACAGGAAGCUGAGAUUGCCUGUUUGGUGCCUGUGGAUCAGUUUCAACUUUAUCAGCGGCUAAAGUUUGAACGAGAAGUUUACCUGGACCCCCUCCGAACAUGGUGUCCUGUUGCAGACUGUCAGACAGUAUGCCCCGUGGCAGCAGGUGACCCAGGACAUCCUGUGUUGGUGGAAUGCCCUUCUUGCCACCUGAAAUUCUGCUCAUGUUGCAAGGAUGCCUGGCAUGGGGAGGUCUCUUGUAGAGACAGUCAGACUAUUGUGCCAACAGAGCGUGGGGCCCUCUUUGGGACAGACGCAGAAGCCCCCAUUAAGCAGUGCCCCGUUUGCCGGGUUUACAUUGAGCGCAAUGAAGGCUGUGCUCAGAUGAUGUGUAAGAACUGCAAACACACAUUCUGUUGGUACUGUCUGCAGAACCUGGACAAUGACAUUUUCCUCAGGCAUUAUGACAAAGGGCCUUGCAGGAAUAAGCUUGGCCAUUCAAGAGCAUCAGUGAUGUGGAACCGAACACAGGUGGUGGGCAUCCUUGUGGGAUUAGGCAUCAUCGCCUUGGUGACCUCACCCCUGUUACUCCUGGCCUCUCCAUGUAUAAUCUGUUGUGUCUGCAAGUCCUGUCGGGGAAAGAAGAAAAAGCACGAUCCAUCUACAACCUAAAGAUUUCCGUUUGUGUUCACCUGCACAAACAUCUGGGUUAGAUGAGACAGCACAGUGGUAAAGCCCCACUUAGUGACCUUGUAGUGACCUUGCCUCCUUCUCCUUGCCAAACUUUGGAAGUGCCUCUGUGUCCAGACUUUGAACUUUCCUGAAAGCAUUCGAUGUUGGAAAAGGCCAAGUCCCUGGUGCAAGUGUUCCUAUGUAGCAAGAAGCAGCUCUGUAGCCCAGACUGUGGCUGUGGAGCAGGUCAGGAGCUUUGAGUUUGCUUGGGAGGAUGUAAUACAUCACCAUCUUAUCAUCCAAAGGAUCCGCUGAGCUGCUCAUCUUCCAGCCAAACUCAAGGAGCCCAAGUGAAAAUUCAGUGUAAUAGCUGUGUUGCCAUGGUUGGCAACAUACAUUGCUAACUGGAAAAAAGUCUGUGUUGAUUCAGCUGCCAUGAGAAGCAUGGCAGAAACCCAGCGUCGGAAGAGGGGAGGCUAAAAUUGUCUAGUGAGAAGUUCUGAGAGCAACAGAAGGCUGCUUGCUUAUCUCAGGACUGAUGCCGGCAUGCCUGUGUUGGCUAUUGGGUGUGCUGCUCCCAGCCUUCCCACAGUGACUUGGCAGAAAGAUAAUAGGUGUCUCUCCGUGUGAUCUCAUCUUCACGCAGGAGAAACCGCUGUUCAGAGGGAGUUGUAUCUUCCCAGGAAAAGGGUUGUAGCAUGUAAAACAACAUGGCCCAGUUUAGUGUCUGUCCUUUGGCAGAUGUUAUUUUUCUGAGGUAACCAACUCAUCUCUUGCAGCUGUAGCUCUGGUCUAUAAAAUUGCUUUAUAUGGGAUAUGAGUGGGAGGUUCAAAGCCUUUGCCAUAGACACAGAGUCCUUUUUUGGGCUCUGGUAAUACUCCCAACAGAUUUGGAGUUGGACCUGAAAGUGUGCAUCAGCAGGACACAUGUCAGUUGCAUAUACAUCCGGAAUCUAUGCGACUUGCGUAUACAUCCAGAAUCUACAUGACUUGCAUCCUACCUGGAAUCUCUAUCCCCUGGGCACACAUGGAUCUACCCAAUAGAUGACACAAAAUUAAGAUUACUUAAAAGCCCUUGUCUCUUUCUAUGACUAAAAUGAUUUAUCCAUCAGCCUAAAAGAUUUUUUUUUUGCUUUGUGCAUAUGUGAAUUUUGGUUGUAAGUUCAUAACUUACCCAAGAGUGUAGACUCAAAAACAACUCUUUUACAACAAUGCUCAGUGCAAUUUUUUGUCACCGUUGUAAAGUGGUAAGUAACUGUUAUUUACAUGCUUUCAAACCCAACUCGGAGCAGCUCUUUUCUCAGCGUAAUAUAAUAUCGUUCAGGAGCUGAAUACUUUCUGUGUAUAUGAGGCACUGGUAAUAUGACAGCAAAACAGUCUGUGUAUUUCACUAGUUGGGAUUCAUAUCACCACAGAGUGAGUCACUCUACUCAGUACAACAUUAUUUCAGUAAAUAUGUUUUAAAAAGACGAAAACAUUUUCUCCAGUGACAGGAUUCCACCGUUUCCAUUAGCCAUGCAGCCUGGUGCUUCUGGGAACUGUACAUAUUCAAUGUUAACAGAGACCUCUCCUGGAAACCAGGAGUACUAUUCAGAAUCGAUUGUGUUUUCUGAGGUAACCAGGUGACAAGAUUAUUAAAUUGCUGCUAUCCUGGAUCUACUAUUAAAGACUGACGCUUUGCCUCUGCAACAGAAUGUAUCCUAAGUGGGGAUGUAUAUAGUUAAGGAUUUUAAUUCACACAUAUAUAUUGGCAUCUGAUCUAUGUACAGUAUGUUCAUUGGUCAUGUACAUUUUUAUUCGGUUUGUGUAAAACAUAGAAGAAAACACUGGGAAAUAUUUGAAGGGCAACCAGCCCAAAUCAUUUUAAUCAUUUAUUAGGAAUUUCUCAAUAUUUACUGGCUUUGUUUUCCUUUGAAUGUCUAAGCACUUCAGAAAAAAAACACCCUCUUCUGAAAGCAUAUUUCAUAUUAGUAUAAAUAUAAAUGUGCAUAUAUUUGAGUGGUUAGUUUGCUUUGUCAUACACAUAACCAGUUGCGUCCCUGGAGAUAAAGGACGUUUCACACUGCUCAGGGGAAUCACAAGAACACAGUUGAAAUGGAAUUUUUGGAACAAGAAUGUCAGUAGUGCCCAUGCUCCCCCACUGGUCGGUUCUCUGAGCUUCAUUCAAAUGGGGCAGAUUUUCAGGAACCUGACAUGCUGCUAUCCAAGAAACAGGAGCUGAUGAAUUUGGAGUGAAUGUGGGAGAAAUUGCUGCACUAUUUCCUUGGUAAAACUGAGGGAAUCUGUCUUCUCAGAAAUUGUUUUUAAAAAGAAUUGGUUUCAAUUUUGUUUUUGUUCCUUUUCUAUUAUUAUUUUGGCUGGGAGGGGAUGUUUUUCGAGCUGAUUUUACAUGACUAGACUUAAUUUUUUUAAUGUUGCAAAGUGCCUGAAAAAAAAGAAGGUGGCUUCUUCCUUAAAAUGUGUGUGUAUGUAUGAGAUUGUGCAAAUCUACAGGAGAAAGUUGGGAAAGUAGAACCCAAACGUGCCACUGGUACAUCCCAGGGCACAACGCCAGCCAAAGUAGACUUUGUUAAAGAAACAAGGCGGUAACAGUGGUGGUUGAAGCUGAUGAUGUUUUCGCUCGGGUCCCUGGCCUGUGGCGGAGUCUGGCUUUGUUACUCUUCUCGUCUGCCAGCUCCGUUCUGUGCUAGGCAUCUUCUCUCUGUUUUAGGAAGAUACAUGGGGCUAUGUAAACACCUUUGGAUGCUGUGACAAAAACCCUGUAGCCCAUUCUAAAUAGGUUUAAAAGCCCACCAGGUCAUAAUCUUGGUGUAAACUCUAACCAUCCAGGAGUCCCACUGGAUACAAUGAUGUAUUAUCUAGCCCUUGCCCCUUCUAGGGAUUUUCCUCUUGGAAUUCAUUAGGGAAGCUAGGAGAAAAGCCAUAUGGAAGCAAACGUUCAGCUCUUAGGCAUCCUGUUUGUACGUGCCAUGAGUAUUUGCUCUGGAUUUGAACUCUGUGCUUUGAAAAUGACUUUUGAAAAGCAAGUAAUUCAUUGUGUGAAUUUUCUUGUAGCCUGCAUCACACACACACAAAUCUUCCCUACCCACAUCUGAAAACUGACAUGUACUUUUGGAUGUACAAAACCGUUUCUUAGAACUUCAAGUUUCCUCUUAAAAAUGAUUCAGCAACUAAGUCUGUAUUGCGUUUAGCUUUACACAGUGCUUCUAAAGAACUUUUCUUCCUGUUCAUGAAUAGGUGGCUAUAUGUAUGUGGAGCUGUGUACAUAUGUGUGACUUUAAUGACAUUUUGUAACACUGUCUGAAUUGAUAUCUGUAGGCCAUUACAUCUCAUGAUGCUUCAUGAUCCAGGAAGUUCUGUCAUAUACUUUCUUAAAUUGCUGUUGCAUUGUAUUUUUUUUUAAGUUCUUUGGAAGAAAAUGACUGUUUUGGUCUCUCUAGCCCCAGUAAAUGUGAGGAGUAAACCACGCCUGUUAACCUUCAUUUUUAUUCACUAAGAACCAACUAAAUUACUAUUAAAUCCCAGGUAUAGAAUUCACAAAACAGCCAAAAUAUAUAUCUAUGGUCAUAGUUCUUGCUACUGUGUUUCUUGAAAUAGGGAAAGUAGACUUGAUCAUUCCAUGUGGGAUAGUCGACAUGGACAGCACACAGAGAUCAACCGCUGUCCAGAGAAAUAGUAAUACAAGUCUUUAAUCAUUCUAAACAACAGCAGCACAAACCACCACAUAUGUCAAAGCAUAGUUCAGUGAAAGGACCACACUAAAUGCUAAGGUCAGAUCUAACCUUCCCAAGAUUUCUUAGAACGGGUUUCCUUGUUACUAGUUUUAAAGAGAGGAAUUACGUGAGUGUUAGCAUAAGGUCAUUUCCAGUGGAUUAGUAGCCCAGGCAGGAUUCCCCUCAGUUGUUGGUUGCCAGAAUGUGACUAACGGUGAGACCCUGCGUCUCUGUAGAACUGAAAACUCACUUUCUUGUACUGACAUUGACGUCUUUUUGCUAAUGUACUGUUCCUCUUUCAGUGAUACCUGUUUAUAAUUGACUGGCAAUUCAGAUUUCAGUUUGUAAUAGUUCAGUAGGAGGGAAAAUCAGUAAGAUCGUGUAAAACAUUUGGGGUUACGGUGUCUUAAUUUUCUGAAAUGUCUAGAACAUCAACAUUAUUUCAUUUUCAAAGUAUGCUUACUGUUUGCUAAGCUUCAAUGUGCAUUUCCAAAGAAAUAUUGAAUGAGCCAUUUUAUAGAGCAGUGAUUUUAACCAAUGCCCUACCCAGCACACUCGUUGCAAUGUAAAUUGUGAAUCUGGAGAAUUAUAAUUGGGCUUUUCUGAAAUUCAAUUAUUUUCAUUUGUUAGAUAAUAAACCUAUAGACCCUACAGAUCAUGA